AUGGCAUUGCGUCUGUCCACGAGGUGUCUGUCCGCCGCCUUCGCUGGUCGAUCAUUCGUUCGAAAUGCCUCUUCAGCAUCUGCUGCGAUUAAAGACUCCAAUCUUCCCCAAGAUCUUAAAAACUCGAUAUCACGAGAAUCGAACCUCCCAACUCCAGAUCCCUCGGCCAGCUCCAAAACCACAGGCCUCGUGAACCAACAGCUUCCAUAUAUGGUCCCCACCUAUCUACGCCCACCGCCAAUGUUUGAGAAGGGAAAAGGAUGUUACAUGUGGGACCUUGAAAAUAGGAAAUACCUCGAUUUCACGGCUGGAAUCGCCGUCAAUGCAUUGGGUCACUGCGACGAAGGCAUGAGCGUCGUACUCUCGGAACAAGCCCAACAACUUGUUCACACCUCGAACCUUUACCACAACCCCCACACUGGACUAUUGUCGAAACAGCUCAUACAGCUCACGCACGCGUCCGGUGGUAUGGCUGGGGCCACGCGCACAUUUAUCUGCAACAGUGGCUCGGAAGCUAACGAGGCCGCACUCAAAUUUGCGCGAAAGGUCGGAAAGUCAGUAUCCCCUGACAAGCCAAAACAUGAGAUCGUAUCUUUCCAUGGAUCAUUUCAUGGUCGAACAAUGGGCAGUUUGAGCGCAACUCCCAAUCCUAAAUACCAAGCUCCAUUCUCGCCAAUGGUCCCAGGCUUCAAAUAUGGAAAGUAUAAUGAUGUUGAAGCCGUUAAAGAUCUCGUCACCGAAGAGACAUGUGGUGUCAUUGUGGAGCCUAUCCAAGGCGAGGGUGGCGUCAACGUUGCCACUCCUGAGUUCUUGUCAGCGCUCAGGAAGCGGUGUACAGAGGUUGGUGCUGUACUCAUCUUCGAUGAAAUCCAGUGCGGCUUGGGCAGGACAGGCGAUUUCUGGGCACAUGCUGGGUACCCUAAAGAAUGCGAACCGGAUAUUUUGACAACUGCAAAAGCUCUCGGCAACGGGUUCCCCAUUGGCGCAACAAUUGUCAAUGACUUUGUCUGUGAUAACAUCAAAGUUGGAGAUCACGGCACGACGUUUGGUGGCAAUCCACUUGCAUGCCGAGUGGCAUCAUAUGUACUCUCCCGGUUAUCCUCUCCUGAGAUCCUCGAUUCGAUCCCGGCCAAGGAAUCUGCUUUCCGGAAACAGUUCGAUUCGUUGAGGGCUGCUUUUCCCAAUCAAAUUGAGGAGGUUCGAGGAAAGGGCCUUAUUCUGGGUCUGCAGCUUAAUGUGGAUCCGACGCCCAUUGUGACAGCUGCUAGGGAGAGAGGUUUGCUGGUAAUUACAUGCGGAACCAAUACUUUGAGAUUCGUUCCGCCGUUGGUCAUAACCGAAGCAGAGAUCAAUGAGGGCAUGAGCAUAAUACGUGACGCCAUGGAGAGCGUAUGGGGAAAAGCAGAAAAAGUCGAAGGGACGAAGGGCCAACAAGAGAUGCCUGCACAAUAG